CCUACAGGUAUCUUGUUCGGGAGUGAAGUUUGAACACUUUCCAUUUGACAGUCAGGGCUGCAUCAUGCCGCUUCAUGGAUAUAACGGAGUCAGGUUCCGACUGAUGUCCUUCAGCGACACAUCCCGGGACCAGAUAAAGACUGACAGUGCCGAAGUGGUGUCUCAGUUCAUGCUGAGCAGGGUACAGCUGUCUGGGACCUUACAGUCAUUUCUCACCAACGUCUCAGACUGCAGUUACUUCAGGCAAUCGUGUGAGUACAAUGCUGAGACGUGCCCCUUCACCAGCUCUAAGGACUGCCGCACGACUGUGGGGGAGUGUGCGAUGGAGAAGGCGGACUGUCCCGAGGAAGCACGCAGGGUAUCAGAGGAGGCGCGCAGGGUGGCUCGCAGCGCUAACAACCUCCACAAAGGUUUGAAAGCUUUGAACCGUUCGUGUUGAACUUGCCUUCCACUCAAGUACAACGGCAAGAUAUUCAGGGAGACGCUUCUGUUUAUUAGGUGUACAUAUUUUGACCAUCAUCACCAUGACACUGUUAUCAAGAUUCGCUUGCAAGCUCAUCUUUGUCGGUACAAAUAAUUCUGAAGUGUAAUUUCUAACAGAAAAAGUUUUAAUUUUCGACUAUCCAACUAUCGACUAUAGUCUUUGUCACGGAACGUGAGUUACGGUUAUGCAGAUAAAACAGUGUUAUGGUGUCCAUGUAUGAAAAAUUGAUUUACUAGUACCAAUAUCGGAUAUGUUAGUGGAUGAUUAGGCUUAACAGGGGCAGAGGUGUACCAUAAACUUCAGCAACUUAUGAUUAU